UAUAGGUUCCCUGAGAGCAGCGCGCCGUGUGCAGAGCCAGCCUCGACAGGGGAGGGGGGAGAGCAUCAGAGUCUCGUGUGCAAACCGCGUGUGGCGCAGCGGAGAGAGGAGGAACCGAAAAUAAACAGCAACGAAUCACGUAGCUAAGUAGUAACUUGGUGAUUGGUGAAAUGAGUAGCAACGAUUGCUUUGGGUGCGGCCGUUCAGGCCACUGGAUCAAGAAUUGUCCUGGACGUGGGCGUGCCAAGGGCCGUGGACGAGGAAAAGAUCUUUUCUGCUAUCGCUGUGGAGAACCAGGCCACGUUGCCAGGGACUGUGAACGAACUGAGGAUGCAUGCUACAAUUGUGGCAGGGGUGGCCACAUCUCCAGGGACUGCAAGGAGCCCAAGAAGGAGAGGGAGCAAUGCUGCUACAACUGUGGCAAGGCAGGUCACAUGGCCCGCGACUGUGACCAUGCCAACGAACAGAAGUGCUACUCCUGUGGAGGUUUCGGUCACAUCCAGAAAGGCUGUGAAAGAGUCAAGUGCUACAGGUGUGGCGAGAUCGGUCACGUUGCCGUGCACUGCAGCAAGGCGAGUGAAGUCAACUGCUAUAACUGCGGCAAGUCUGGCCAUUUGGCGAAAGAAUGCACCGUUGAGGCCACAGCUUAAUCCAUUUCCUUUGUCACCCCUCCUUUUUCUGAUUGAUGGUUGUAUUAUUUUCUCUGAAUCCUCUUCACUGGCCAAAGGUUGGCAGAUAGAGGCUAGUCCCAGGCCAGUGAGCUCUUGACAUUUAAAAUGAGGAAAGGGGUGGAAAAAAAUCCACUUUCUGCAUUUAAUACAAAAAAGUUUAUGUUUAGUUUGGUAGAGGUGUUAUGUAUAAUGCUUUGUUAAAGAACCCCCUUUCCAUGCCACUGGUGAACAGGGAUGAGUGAGUGGGAAGCAACGCGUCGGGUAGGCCCUCUGGGCUUGAGGAACUGAGCCUUAGCGAGAGGCAAAAACAGGAUCGUGGAAGAAUGAACUUCCAUAUAUGAGUUAAUUUUCUUUUUGUUUUUGAACAAAAAAAAGAUGGCCUGAGUGUGUUUGACCUGGGAAGCAGUACACAACAUAUAUAUGAUACGAUCCAUCCUGACUCUGGGCCCUAUCAGCAGCACGGAGCAAAGCGGAGCUAACCGAAAAGAAAUGUUCUAUUAGCCGGUUACCCAAAAGAAAAAAGGAAUAAAAAAAAUGGAAAAAGUAAAAUCUGGAAAAUAAAAAAGGAAAUUGGAAGAGAACAUUCUUUUGUAUAGAGUCAGCUGUUCGAGCCGUCAGCACAGACGCUGCUUGCAUUUGAGUACGUUUCGGUCCCAAUUUUUCAAAGUAGUUUAGGUAAUUUUUCCCAAAAGGAGAAAAUAAAACCUCAAGAACAAGUUGAAGUUGAAAGAAAAGCAGAAAUUGAAGUUAUUUGAGAGGAGAAUGUUUUCACAGAAAUCAAAAUGUUAUUUUUGUACAAUAUAUCACUUAGACUACUGUAAAAAAUAUCAUUUGCUUGUACUCAGUUUUUAAGUCGGAAGGUAAAUGCAACUGAAGUCCUAGAACAUAGAAAUGUAAUUUUAAACUAUCAAUAAAGCUGGAGGAGGAAGGGGAGUAAGACUGAG